AUGACAUCUUCGAAGCAAGAGACCACCGCAUUGCUCACAGAGCAUUUACGAUACACUCCGUUGACACUGCUUGACGAUGUCAUCAAUACAGCAAAUGAGCUUGUCUUUCGUGCCAUCAACGCUAUAGAGGAAGGUCUCGGUGCGGCGUCGGCGGCAAACUUGGGAUUCAAACUUGAUAAGGCCACACAUGCAGCAUUGAAAACGGACGAAGCCCGUCGAGAUGCGCUAGAGGAGCUGAAACAGAAUGAGAUCGAUAACGGCAUCGUCAAGUUGGAGAGCCUCUUGAAUGCGACGGUGGACAAAGAUUUUGACAAAUUUGAGAUCUACACAUUACGGAACAUCUUAGCUGUGGGUCACGAAGAGGAGGAUCUCGCGGACUGGGUGCGACUAGAUCAUUACAAGGGUGUCGAUGUGUCCACGACAGGGCCAGCACCCUCCCCUGAGGAGAUUGAGGCGCAAAGAUCUAGGCUCCAUGAGACGGCCAAAUUCAAUGUCAUGCUCAAAGCAGAAGAGGCUAAGAACGCCGCGAUCCUGUCUCAAUUGACUGCUCUCCUCAGCGCUGAGCCGGGCCACUCUGAGGCGUCCACUGCAGCGCCUUUGGCAUUCUUGAAUACUCCAGCAUCCACAAACGGCGAGCAAAGUUUGACACAAGCUACGCAAUACGCCCUGAAUCAGCUUCCAGCUCUUCGACAGCUUCUUGCACAGCUCAGUACUACGAUGCAAACGCUUCCGCGCGAAUGGGCUGCUCGACAUGACGAUGAGGACAAUGCCGAAGCUCGAAGGAGGCGAUAUCUCGAAUCACAGACAUGGCGUGCGCUCAAAGGAAGAGGCAUCGAAGCGGAAUCCUCGGGAAGUGCUUCAUUGACCACUGGACGUAAACUCGCUCAGACAGAGCUGGAGGGCAUCGAAGCUGUGGCCAGAGGUGUUGGCAGCACCACAACGCAGAACAAGGACCACGACACGGCAAUGGAAGAUUGA